AACUAGUCAUUAACGUGUCAAAAUAGUUAUAAUUGCCAUUGACAAACAAUGUAAAAUAUUAUCAGCAAUUUUUUUAAAGUGAAUCCUGUGAUACUUUAUGUCUUACGAUCAUGGCAGCGAGGUAUUUCUUUAAAGCAACACCCCAAAUCGAAGCAGAUCGAACGCUGCUAAGAUUUAAUUGUUACGAAGAAUAUUUAGACUCGCUAGCUACUUCUCAGGAUGCGUGUUACUUGCAAAGCGUGGAUGUUGCUAGAACUAUUGCAAAUUUAGGAUACAGAAGCUCUGGAGAAACCCUUAGUAGAAAACAAUUUGAAAAAAGACUUGCAGCUGUUCUAAACUACCUUUAUCCUCCUUACAAAGCUUACGAGUUAUCCAGUGAAGGUCUAGUUGCUCCAGAUGCAGAUCAUUUCAUUAAGGAACUAUCUGCUAGGGAGAGGGCUAACAGAAUAGGGGUUCUUUCGACUAUUGUUUUUUUAAGAGCCUUUACCAAUGCUGGUAUAGAAAUAUCUGGAUAUAUUGACUAUACUGAAAGACUUACUAAUGAAGAUUGGAAGCCUAUAUUUGCUGGUAAGAAGAUUUUAAUGCCUAAAAAAUCGGAUCUGGGAUUCUAUCACUGGAAAUCAGGUGAUGUGGUUUCGAACGAUUCAUGUAAUUAUAAGGUUUUGCAACAUCCUCAGAAAGGUUUACUUUUUCAAAAUCGAUUCGAUAGAAAAAUUAUUAAUCCUGAUCCCAUGAGUACUCCAGGGCAAAAUACCUCUCGAAAACGCAUUUACUCCAAAUUGUACGAGCUUUGUAUCAUAUUUGAUCAUGUUGUGCGGCAAAGGAUUUAAUUUAAGGGUUAGGGUAUAUUAUUUAGGGGUAAAAAUUUACAAAUGUAUGCUUGUAAAUUAAAUAUACGAUUUUAUAAAGAAAAUGUAACCUUUUUUAAAUUAAAUUUUAACAAUUAUUAUGACUUUGGCCUCUCAAAUACCGGCCAACUAGAUUAAUAAAAUGCAUUUGGAUUAAUUUAAUCUAAAAUUCAAUGAUGCAUGUAACGAGAGCAAAUAUUAACAUAGACCUGCUAAAUUAAACAUAUAUUAUGUAUAUUUUAGGCUAAUUAGUAAACAAAUUUGCUAAUUUCAAUAGGUUUUUUUGACUGGUUAACUUUGAAAGGGUGUUGUUAAAACAUACUAGAUAUUCUUGGUAGCAGGGAUAUCUGAUUUAUAUAAAAUAGCGAUUAAAUUAAAUGAAAAGCAUCAGUUCAAUUUAAUUUGUCUACUUUGGUGUAUCUAAAGCUAUAAAACUAAACAAUCAUGUUCAAGCUGAGAAUGUUUGUUUUUGUUAUGCUUGUUGCUAUGGUUGCUGUAAAUGUAAUGGAAACUGAAGCUGCUCCAGGUCAUAAGGCUGAAUCUUACCAAAACCAACAUUUGAAGGCUUAUCAUCCGACCAAAGUAGAAAUUAAGAUUCACCACGAAGAAAAGAAGCAUGGAGAUGGAGGUGGAGAUGGCAAAUAAGUAAUCGUUGGCUUUCAAAGGCUUUUUUUUAAAUGAGCAUCAUCCAAAGUUUUAUUUUAAUUCUUGUGCUUUAAUUUUAAUAAAUAUAGUGUUGUGACGAA